AUGGACCCAUUUAAUCCUUCUCAACAGGCUGCGGCUCCUCCUCCUCCUACUCCAGCAACUCCUCAAACACUCCCUACAGGUUCUUCUUCUUCUUCAUCAUCAUCAUCAUCAACAACCUCUAGCGCAACAACAACCCCAGACACCCCCUCCUUUGCUCAAACACUUUUCCUUCACAAUAAUUCAAAGCAAUCCAAAUCUCCCAGCAUUGCUUCCUCUCCAUCGGCAACUUCUCUAGUUUCUACUUCUUCUUCAGGAUCCACUGCUGCUGAUCCAGAUUCUCAGAUUUUCAAAUCAUCAUCAUCAUCAUCAUCAUCCCCCUCUCUCACCCCAACAACUGACCCUACGGAACUUAUUCGCCGUAGAGAAGAAUUAACAAAAUCUCGUCAUUACCAUGAACUUAACGUCCCAUUACCACCUGUUCCUGGAAACUCUGAAUCUCGCAGAACUCCUCGUCAAGAAGUCGUUUCUGUCACUGAAUCUCUUCUUGAUGAAUAUGAUGAUGAUGAUAAUGAUGAUAAUGAUGAUGACGCAAUGAGUGUCGGAGACGUGUACACUACACCAAGUUCUAAAAAUAAUAAUGACUCUCGAGCUCCACCAGUCCCUCCAAAAGAUGACGAGUUUCUGCGGCUGGCUCCGCGAACCUCACGCGUGGAACCUUUGGCAUAUGUGGACACUACUGCGCCUCGUCCAACAAGUAACCACUACAUUCCCUUUUACCAUACCCAGCGCGUUAACGACGGCCAUGAAGACUCAGUAGUGCGUGAGACCACUCAGCAAGUAUUUGGUGGAGUCAAUGGCAAUGGUGGUUACACUUCAUACACACAAAUGUACGAUAUGGAUCAUCCCAUAAAGGGCAAUGGAGGUCAUCGUGGUAGUGUUGAUAGUCAGAAUAGUGGUUCAAUCGGUAGCGAUGAUUUGAUUGUACUAGAAGAAGAUGAAGAAGCUGCGCGGCAGCGUAGGAAACAUUGGAAUGGAGAAGUGGGUGCUGGGGCUGCAACCGCAGGCGGUAAUGGCAGCCGAAGUUCAAGAAGAAGCCAGCGGCAUCGAAACAGUGCAAACGUUAAAAGUAACAAUAGUAUCAUUUUUGGUCAAAACUUUCGGUCUGGCUCCCAAGUUUAUUUCCCUACAUCUCAUGCAGAUGUUAGAAACAGCAGUGGCCACUUGUCGCUAACAAGCCGCAAUACUUUUUUCGAUUCUGCCAGUAGCAUGAAACGUUCACCAUCUCCUCCCCUCCCAGACUUGCCCUUAGGUGCUAUGCCAGUCAAUAACAAUAAUAACAAUAAUAAUAAUAAUAAUAAUAAUAAUAAUAAUAACAACAAUCGGUUUGCUUUAGGACCAGGGCUUGAAGCUUCAUCUCAUAAUCACCGUCCGUCCAAUAUUGCUAAAGCAACUUUUUGGCGCCGCUGGGCUAAACGACCUCUACUUGUUUACCUUCUAACAGCUAUUCAGGUCAUUGUUUUUUUAGCAGAGUUUAUUAAAAUGGGCGUACUUACUGGCUCUCCUGUGGCCACUCAGCCCUCGUUUAACCCCAUGAUUGGGCCUUCGGCAUAUGUUCUCAUCAAUAUGGGUGCUCGAUUCACACCAUGCAUGCAUGCUAUUUCAGGCAUCACAGAUGAUCCCACGCUACGGUUCCCAUGUCCAAAUUCAACAACCACCGAAACCAAUGUAUGUUCGCUUGCAGAGCUCUGUGGCAUGGGCGGCGUUGGGAUUUCGUCUGCACAGGAAAUGGCAGAGGCCAUUGCAGCCGGCUCGUCGCCAAGUGCACCUCACCAGUGGUGGCGUUUCAUUACACCAAUCUUUCUGCAUGCUGGACUUGUACACUUGGGCUUUAACAUGUUGCUGCAAAUUAAGUUAGGUGCAGACUUAGAGAAUGCCAUUGGUCAUAUCCGCUUUUUCCUAGUAUACUUUAUUGCUGGUAUUGGCGGGUUUUUGCUUGGCGGGAACUUUACACCCAACGGCAUUGCGUCUUCUGGAGCUUCUGGGUCCCUUUUCGGACUUAUUGCGCUAGAUCUCCUGGACCUUCUUUUCAACUGGAGCACAUAUGAGAACCCUCGCCGCAUGUUAUUUUUCCAUAUUGUUGAGAUUGUCAUUUCCUUUGUCAUUGGGUUACUUCCAGGUCUUGAUAACUUUUCACAUAUUGGUGGAUUUGUUAUGGGCUUACUUAUGGGUACUGCAGUUCUCAAGUCUCCACGCACACUUCGUCGUCGUAAACGUGAUCAUUUACGCCAACUUUCACAAAAUGAUAAAGCUUUAUUAAUUCAAAGACAAUUACAGCUGAAACAGAUGCGAGAACAGCAACAACAGCAACAGCAACAACCUGAGUACGAUGAUGUAUCGCUGACGACGUUCCGGGAAUUUACCGAGAAUGCGCCAGUCGGAUCUCAUCGUCAUCAUUUCCAUGGCUCACAACAACAACAACAACACCCAGGUGGAAUAGUAGAAGAAACUACAAGUUCAGGGUUUAGAGAUUACAAAACCACAACAAGUCCAAGUAAAACCCCAUUUACUGAAAAUACGUUUCGCUCGCCAUUUGCUGAUGAGAAUGAGAUUCCCUCUUCUUCGUCUCCUUCACAAAACCCCUUUGACACAGCCUCUGUAUUAUCUGGAGGAUCAUCAUCACCUCCUCCCCCUCUUCCUCUUCCACUAACUUCUGCUACUGACUCUCAACAAGGAAACUCAAGAACAAUGCACAAUACUAAUACAGGGCUUGCACGAUAUGAUCCGAGACAUAUGGUACGUCAACGUCCUGCAUCAUGGUAUACAUGGGGACUCGUACGUGCCGCUUGCUUGGGACUGGUAAUUGCAUACUACAUUGGAUUGUUGGUAAACUUUGCUCACGGUGGUGGUCAUUGCACUUGGUGUAAGUACCUGAGUUGUUUACCUGUCAAUGGGUGGUGCGAUACUGGUGAUAUUACAACCUCUUCUUCGUCAUCAGGUGUUCUUGGUCCUGUUUUAUUGUAUGCAGUACGAGUUAUCAUGGAACGUUUAGUGUAA